GGAGCACUUGAGACCAACUAUUUAAAACAAUUAAUCAGAUGCAAUAUAGCUUCAUCACCGAUAGAUCUUUAAGAUGAGAUAUAUAUUCGGAUUCGGGAUAGUUUUUGUUGUGUAUUUCACAAAAUCAGUAUUGUCUGCACCAGUAGCUGAUGAUAAUUUGAUAAUAACGUUGCCCAACGGCAAAAUCCAAGGGGCAGCUUAUAAGACCCUCAAUCACAACAAAACUUAUUACGGAUUUCGUGGAAUUCCAUAUGGCAAACCUCCGUUGGGUGACUUGAGAUUAGAGUCACCACAACCAGCUGAGUCAUGGAACGGUAUAUUGAAUGCCACUGUCGAUAGCAAAAGCUGCAUAACGAUAAACUAUUUAUCCGAGCCAAAUCAGGAAAGUGAAGAUUGCCUGUAUAUAAAUGUAUACAUACCAACACUUCAACCCUCAGAAAAACUUCCAGUUAUGUUUUGGAUAUAUGGCGGAGCCUUUCUAGCCGGUAGUUCCGACAAAAAUCUUUACGGUCCGGACUUUUUAAUGGAAAAAGAUGUCAUAAUGGUCUCAUUUAAUUAUCGUCUUGGAGCCUUGGGCUUUGUAUCUACCGGAGAUAGAGUACUUCCUGGAAACUUGGGCUUGAAAGAUCAAAAUCUUGCUUUACGAUGGACGCGUGACAAUAUUGAAAAUUUUGGAGGGGAUCCAGAAAAGGUUACGAUAUUUGGCCAAAGUGCGGGCGGUGCAUCAACUGGCUUGCAUUUAGUCAGCAAAAAAUCUUCAGGAUUAUUUAGAGCAGCAAUCGUUGAAAGUGGCUGCGCUCUAAAUCCUUGGGCUAUAGAUAGUAACCCCAAAAAGACUGCUUAUCUAUUCGCUGAUAGAAUUCCUAAUGGUAAUUACGGGAAUGACACUCAAGCCCUUAAAGAUUUCCUUAAAAUUCAAACUGUUGAAGACAUUGUAAUUGCAAAUACUAAACUAGAAGUUUUAUUCGGGCCAACAUUGGAAAUUGACAGCGAAGAUGCUUUCAUAACAGACUCACCAUUUGUGUUACUUGAAAAUGGAGAUUUUAAUCAAGUUCCAAUUGUAAUAGGUGUUACUUCUGAAGAAUCAUUGUCUUUCUUAGGAGAUGAAUCUCAGACCUUCAAUGUCGGCCUCACAUAUGACCUCAAUCCAACAUCUUUGAUUCCACUAGACCUUUUUUCGAAUACAAGUAGUAUCACCACAGUUACUCACAGAAUAAAAGAGAUAUAUCUGAAUCGUAAUGAAUUAUUUGCAAUGAACUUAGCAGCAGUAGCUGAGGUUUACACUGACAACUUCUUUAGAAGGUCAAGCCUGAAACACGCGGAGCUAGCAUCCAGUUUUGUCCCAGUCUAUUUCUAUGAGUUUUCUUAUUAUGGAAGAACUUCAACUAUACCAUUUAUUGAUGGAGUUGAAAAGGCUACUCACUCUGCUGAAAUUCCCUUCCUAUUCAAUCACCUAGGGAUGAGUGGUACUACGAAUACAAACGAUUUGUUAACUCAAGAUCGAACCGUUACGUUUUGGACUAAUUUUGCCAAAUAUCUGAAUCCUACCCCAACGAAAUCUGAACUGUUUACUGACAUAUUAUGGCCCAAAUUGCACAGAAAAACUUUGUUAUACUUAAAUAUAAAUAACACGUUACAAAUAAGGGGACAUCUCAAAAGAAGCUCUUAUUCGAAUUGGAACGAUAUUUUUGAAACUUACGGUAGAAAACCAUAUGUAACAUAUUAGACAUUAGACAAGUUUAUAAAUAUAUAAUUGAAAUCCUUUAAGUGAAAAAACUAUCACUAAGUACAACUAAAUUGUUUUACAAAUUUUUAAUAAUUUG